CAGCCCACUUGCAUUUUAAUUCGUGGUUUGGCAUUGGACUUUAGUCAUUCGUAAUUCAAAAAAUGUUCAACCUUAAGCAACUAGCCACUCAGCUGUAUCGCCAGUAUGCACUGAUCACAUGCAUUAACAUGCUAGAGCCUUGGGAGAGGAAGCUAAUCAAUGGUUUCUUCCUGGUCAUGCUGGCACUGGUGUUCUUCUCCAGCUAUUGGUAUCUGCCCAACUAUCUGCAGAACCUACUUCAGGUUCUCACACCGCCCGCUUGGUCUGGUCAGACGGAAAAUGUCGCCUAUGUGGCACAGAAAAUGGGCACAAGCUGAGCUUCCACCCAACUGCAGCCGUAAACAACAAUAACCAACUAAACAUUAAUACUCUACCAAUUGAAAAGACAACUAGAAUGUAAAGAAAA